GUUACUUCAAACUCUUUUUUUUUUCUUUCACAAAAAAGAAAAUAGAUUUAUAGAUCAUGGGUAAAGCAAGAGAGAAGAAGAACUCCAAAGGACGUUUGGAUAAGUACUACCAUUUAGCUAAGGAACAGGGCUACCGUGCCCGUUCUGCUUUCAAGCUUAUUCAAUUGAACAAAAAAUACAACUUUUUGGAAAAAUCCCGAGUGUUGAUUGAUUUGUGUGCUGCUCCUGGUGGUUGGCUUCAAGUUGCAACAAAAUAUAUGCCUCAAUCAAGUUUGGUUAUUGGUGUCGAUCUUGUUCCUAUUAAACCCAUUCCUGGUGUUAUCACCUUCACUGACGAUAUUACAACUGAAAGAUGUAGACAAAACUUAAGACAAGAAAUGAAGACUUGGAAGGCUGAUGUUGUUCUUCAUGAUGGUGCUCCCAACGUCGGUAGAGCUUGGGUUCAGGAUGCUUUCACUCAAUCCGAACUUGUACUUGUUUCAUUGAAGCUUGCUACAGAGUUUUUAGCCAAGGGUGGUACCUUUGUCACCAAGGUUUUCAGAUCCAAAGAUUAUAACAAAUUACUUUGGGUUUUCCAACAACUUUUCCGUAAAGUCGAAGCAACCAAACCUCCUUCUUCUCGUAACGUCUCUGCAGAAAUUUUCGUCGUUUGCCGUGAUUUCAUUGCACCUAAAAAGAUCGAUCCCCGUAUUUUGGAUCCUAAAUCUGUUUUCGAUGAUGUUGGUGCUGAGGAGCAAAAGAAGAUGACCGAUAUUUUCAAGCCCGAAAAGAAGCACAGACACAGAGAUGGUUAUGAGGAUGGUGAUUAUACUAUGCACAAGACAGUCGAUAUUAUGGAAUUCGUCCGUACACAAGAUCCUAUCACUGUUUUGGGUUCUUAUAAUCAAUUUACUUUCAACGAAGAUGAUUCUAGAGAACUUUACAAGCGUGAGAUUACGACUGAAGAUGUCAAGAUCAAUUGUCAAGAUUUAAAGGUCCUUGGUAAGGGUGAUUUCAAAACUCUUUUGAAAUGGAGAGCUACUCUUCGUGAAGAAUACAAGUUGGAUAAGAAGGAAGAAGAGAAGGCCAAGAACGCUUUGAUUGAAGAAGUACCUAUUGAUGAGGAUGAAUUACUUGAAGCUGAGCUUCUCAAUUUGACCAAAGAGGAAGCUUCCAAGAGAAAGAGAGAAAGAAGAAAGGCUAACGAGAAGAAGAUGAAGUUAAUUCAACGUAUGCAAUUGAACAUGAUUAUCCCCACAGAUAUUGCCUUGGAUGAAGGUGGUGUUGCUGACGAAGAAAUUUUCAACAUCAAGAAGAUCAACAAGGAUGAUUCUCUUGCUAAACUUCAUGCUGGUGAUAUGGCCAUGGCCGAUGAAUUCGAGGAUGACGAUGAUAACAACGAUGUCAAGGUCGAUAAGAACCUCCGUGGUCGUAUUAAGGAAAUGGAUAUGGAAUUAGAUGAAAACCUUGAUUCCGAUGAAGAAUAUGAGCGUGAUCUUGAAACACAAAUGGAUGAAGCAUAUAGUAGAUAUAAACAAAGUAGAUCUGACAGAGACGCCAAAUUCAGAGCCAAGCAAGCUCGUGAUGAAGACGAUGAAUGGAAUGGUUUCGAUGACAAGAAGAAGACAGAUGAAAACAGAGACAAGAAGUUUGAUUCUGAUUCCGAGUCAGCAUCCUCUGAAUCUGAAUCUGAAGAAUCUGAUAGCGAAAGUGACUCUGAUUCCGACAGUGAUGAUGAUACUGUCAAGGUUAAAAAGGUGAAGGCUCCCAAGACUCCCAAGGUCAAACAACCCAAGAAGAUUGCCACAACUACUGUCAAUUCUCUCAUGAACGAUCUCGGUGAAAAGGCUGCUUUAUCCAAGAAGACUGCCAGUGGUCUUACUACCGCUGCUUCCAUGUUCUUUGACCAAGAUAUUUUCCAAGACGUUGCUCUCGAUGAACUUGUCGAUAACGAAGAAGAUGAAUCUAGCGAUGACGAGAAGGUGAUUGAAGAAUCUCGUAAGAGAAAGAGAUCCCAAAAGGAUGUCGAUGAAGUACCUGCAGCUGAAGAAGACAGUGACUUUGAAAUUUUAGCAACUGAAGAUGCCGCACCUUCCGACGAAGAAAUGUGGGAUGGUAGUAUUGAUGAGAACUCCAAGGCUAUGCAAUUAGCAUUAGAAAACGGUUUGACAACUGGUGAAGCUAUCACAAUGGCUCGUCAAUUAGCCAACAAAGAAAAGACCGUUGAAGAUCUUAUUGAUGCUGGUUUCUCUAAAGAAGCUUUCAGAGAUAAGGAUGGUCUUCCCGAAUGGUUCUUGGAUGAUGAAAAGCACCACAACAAGCCUAAUUUGCCUGUUACUAAAGAAGCUAUGAACCAACUCCGUGAGAAGCUCAAGGCACUUGAUGCCCGUCCCAUUAAGAAGGUCGCAGAAGCCAAGGCUCGUAAGAAGUUCAAGUCUGCUCAAAGAAUCGCAAAGGCACAAAAGAAGGCAACUGAUAUUGCUGAUAACGAAGAUAUGUCUGAAAAGGAAAAGGCAAAGAACAUUGGUAAAUUAUUGGCAAGAGCCACUAAAUCAAAGCCAAAGACCGAUAUCAGAGUUGUUGUGGCUAAGGGUGCUAACCGUGGUGUGAAGGGUCGUCCUAAGGGUGUCAAGGGUCGUUAUAAGAUGGUGGAUGGUGUCAUGAAGAAGGAAAGACGUGCCGAAAAGAGAAGAGAGAAGAAGGCAAAGAAGAGUAGUGGUAAUGGCCGUCGUUAAAAACAAGGAAAAAUAUUUUAGAUUCCCUUUUCCUCCUGUUUAAUUAAUUUUUUUUUAUCACGAUACAACACUACCCACACACACAAACCAUUCCAUAUAUAUUUGUACUGCAAACACCCCUCUCAAUUUUUAAAUGUCAUUUUAAUCAACCCAAAAAAAUCAUUAAAAGCUAUCUGUAUAUUUUUAUUAUCAC